AUGGAGAACGCGCGUGUGUUGCGCUCGGGCAAGUCCACGCCCUCGCGGGAAGAGACGCCAUCGUCAGGGCAGACCACGACCCACGAGACCAACACAUGGAGCAGAGGCACCGGCGUUGAAGACACGACGGAGAGCAGCACGCGUACCGACGCUAGGGCCAAACUAAAUUCAGUACCCGCACAAAUCGACAACGUAGUCGAAAAUGUAGGAAGUGCGCCGGGCACUAUAGUUAACGUCCCCGGGGACAGAGCAAGCAGCAAAUUAUCCGCGUUGCAGGCCGAAUUAGAGUAUCACAACUCCGAACUAGCACGGGCUAGGGCGGCGUCCGCAGCUGCCAUGAGUCGGCUGGAAAUAGCUAGGAUAGAGCUAGGAGAAUCCACCGACGCGGACCAGCCACCCAGAUCGAAUAAAACCCGAGUUGAAGGCUGGAUCUCGGAGCAAUGUGUUAGGCCGUCAACAAGCGCUCAAAACCCGGGACGAGACCCGCGUCCGACCGAAAACAUCGAACCGCGCGCCGGUAACACGUCGCUUAGCGACAUGACAUUGCUAGCCAACGCGAUAGUUCAAGCGGUCAAUUCGAGUAGGUCGGAAGCGACGCCUAAAUUCAUUCAUGAGUUGCCCCACUUCGACGGAACAAUUACGGAGUGGAUGGCGUUUAAAUCCGUUUUUAAUGACACCGCGGAUAUGUUCUCGGACAUUCAAAAUGUAGCUAGGUUAAGAAAAGCAUUAAGAGGCGCGGCCCGCGAAACAGUUAGAGCUUUGCUAUACACAGUAUCGGACCCGUACGAAAUAAUAGAUACGCUAGAACGGCGAUACGGCAGGCCAGAACUACUUAUUCUCUCCGAAAUCGAAAACAUAAAACGUUUACCCCGUAUGACGGAAGACGGGCGCAAUGUUAGUAGUUUCGCGAGUAAAAUAUCAAACACGGUAGCGGCCAUAAAAUCACUUAACCAGCCACAAUAUUUGUAUUCUCCCGAGUUAGUGGGUCGAAUAGUCGACAAGUUAAAUAUUAUUUUAAAAUAUAAGUGGUACGAGUUCAAAUCUGAACGACCCGGAGCACCGGAGCUCGAAUUAAUGGCUAGAUUUUUAAAUAUUAUGGCGGAUCAGUGCGGCGCGAUGUUCGCGUACGAAACAGCUAGGGAGGAAAGGAGAGGCAAGAUGAAACCUCGCGCGUCGUUUGUCGCGCACCGGCUAGCCGAGAUCGAAAGUACAACGACCCCGGCCGACUGGCGAUGGGUGCCGAGCGCCGACAACGUCGCGGACGACGCUACCAAGGGCAUUCCGGUGAAUUUUAGUUCGACACACAGAUGGUUUACAGGACCUAGCUUUAUUUUAGACGACCCCGCGACAUGGCCGUGCGAAAAGCGGACCGCGGUUCCCUUACCCCCUUCAGGGGAGGAGAGAAUAAUUAAGCAGGUUCACGUCUGUGUAGACCAUGUAAAUAACGAUUACUUGCCUAAAGUUGAAAGGUUUUCGAAGUAUAAGCGCCUGGUACGCGCUGCUGCCACCGUCUUGCUCUCGGCUGAGGCAUUUAAAGCCAAAUUGCUCAAGAGAAAAGUAAAUACGGAAAUCUCUCCUGAUCACAUCAGACUAGCAGAAUUGCUGCUUAUCAAGAGGAGUCAGAACAUCUCGUUCGCGGACGAUAUAAAGACGAUAGAGGCUGGGCAACGACCUCCGAAGAGGUCCCCCUUUCACAAACUUGCUGUGAAACUCGACCGCAGCGGGAUAUUAUACCUCGAUAGCAGAGUUAAGGAAGAAUAUAAUCUGCCUGUCCUACAUGCGAAGGAAGAAUUUACCCGACUGUUAGUGCAUCACACGCACGCAGUAUUUAACCACGGCAAUCACCAAACCGUGAUGAACGAGCUCCGACAGCGCUACCACAUAAUUGGACUACGCAGCAUCCUUCGCUAUAUAUGCAACAAGUGUCAAUGGUGUAGAACCUACAGGGGAACUCCCUCUAAAAUUCCUCUGGGUGACUUACCUCCUGAAAGACUGGCCCACAAUCAGCCGCCGUUCACAGCCUUGGCGGUUGACUAUUUUGGCCCAAUGCAAGUCACGAUCGGGCGAAGACACGAGAAGCGGUGGGGCGCAAUUUACACGUGCCUCACCACUCGGGCCGUGCAUCUGGAGCUGGUGCCUUCCCUAUCUGCAUCCUCCAUGAUCAUGAGCUUGCGCCGAAUGAUGUCCCGCCGUGGCACUCCAACGGUCAUAUAUAGCGACAACGGAACCAACUUCGUGGGCGCCGAGAAAGAAGUGACGGAAGCUCUUCAACAAAAUGACGACGCGAUGAAGGUCUUCGCCUCCGGAAAACAGAUAAUUUGGAAAAGAAUACCCCCUGGGGCCCCGAACAUGGGCGGCGCCUGGGAGAGAUUAGUGAGAUCUGUGAAGGCGGCAUUACGAGUCACCUUAACAGAAAAGACGCCCCCAGAUGAAGUGUUGCAUACGCUGUUGCUGGAAGCAGAACAUGUCAUAAAUACGAGACCGUUAACACCAGUAAAUCCUGAUCUAAACGAGGAAUCACUGACCCCAAAUCACUUCCUAAUUGGGAGGUCAAGCGGGAUGAUACCUUUCGGCUCGUAUAAAGACUACACAGCAGACAGUCGCUCGUGGAAAGCUGCGCAAAAGUUGGCCGAAGCAUUCUGGGCUCGAUGGGUAGCAGAGUACAAACCCCAAUUGAUGCCUCGGCUCGGCAACCCGCAGCACAGCAACCUCAACCCCGGAGACAUCGUUAUAAUAUGUGAUAGAACGAUGCCCCGUGGAAUAUGGCCUAGAGGUGAAAUAAUAAAGACUUUCCCAGGUCCAGACGGGCGGGUUAGAGUAGCAGAAGUCCGUACAGCCGCCGGACUAAUUCGUCGCCCAGCCUCUCGUCUGAUUCUCGUAAGCAGCCAGGAAUAA